AUGUCCAGAGGGGAGUUGGCUGUAGGUGAGCAGGAUAACCUUGGGUCUCAGUUUAGCCACAUGAGUCUUGCUCGCCAGCCAUCUGCUGAUGGUUCUGACCCUCAUGCCACCAUGUUCCAGUCCACUGUGGUUCUUCAGUCUCCACAGAAGUCUGGUUAUAUCAUGACAGCAGCCCCUCCACCACAUCCUCCUCCAUCACCACCACCACCACCACAACCGCCACCACCACCUCCUCCUCCUCCUCCCCUACCACCUUGGCAGCCAGUCCCUACUGCUGGGUAUUCUGCCUCUGGUCAUCCUGUCAGCCAGCCUGUGCUCCAGCAGCAGGGAUAUAUUCAGCAGCCAUCACCACAGAUGCCAGCCUGUUAUUGUGCUCCAGGCCACUAUCACUCCAGUCAACCUCAGUAUCGUCCAGUCCCUUCUGUUCAUUACAAUUCACAUCUAAACCAACCACUGCCACAACCUGCACAGCAGACAUGUUAUCAAGUUAUACCCAACCAGCAGCAAAACUACCAAGGAAUAGUUGGAGUUCAGCAACCCCAGAGACAGAGCCUAGUCAGUGGCCAAUGCAACAGCAUUGGAAAUCAAAUUCAAGGAGUGGUCAUCCCCUAUACUUCAGUGCCAACGUAUCAGGUUUCACUGCCUCAAGGUUCUCAAGGAAUUGCCCAUCAGACUUAUCAACAGCCUGUUACGUUCCCUAAUCAGUCUAAUCAAGGAUCUAUGCCUACAAAAGGAAUGCCAGUUUACUAUAGUGUCAUUCCACCUGGUCAACAAAAUAAUUUAAGAUCCAACAAGCGCAGCAACGUCCAAGCAAAAGAAAUGUGAAGAAAACGUCUUAAAAAGUUAUAAAGAGAAAAUCUUAAAAGCAGCCAGAGGGGAAAAAAGAGUCAUUGCAUACCGAGGAACACAGUUAAGAAUGUC